GAUAUAAGGCGGUGGGGGAACAAUGCACCCGAGUCCCAGCUCGGCCGCUGUGAUUGCGGGAGGCGGCCCCGGGGGUGCAGGCUGCAGCCAGAGCGAGCCGCCCGCUUGGAGCAACCGCAGGACGCAGCUGGGGAAAGGCGUCCUCCUCCCGAGAUGGAGUUCGACUCUUACCAGCAUUACUUCUACGACCACGACUCGGAGGAGGAUUUCUACCGAUCCACCGCCCCCAGCGAAGACAUCUGGAAGAAAUUCGAGCUGGUGCCCACUCCCCCCACGUCGCCCCUGUGCAGCGCGGCGGGGAAAGCCUGUUGCCCCGGGGCAGAGGAGAGGUCAGACUGGCUCUCCCACUGCUGCCUGGCCGGGGAGGAGCCGGAGUAUCUGAUCGGCACCGGGGAGAUCUUCGGGAACCUGAGCGCUUUCGUCCUCCAGGAUUGCAUGUGGAGCGGCUUCUCCGCCCGGGAGAGACUGGAAAAAGUUAUGACCGAGAAACUCUCCACUGGCACGCAAAGGGUUAAUCCGCCCAAGCCCUCCUUUGCCCAGGAGUUCGGGUUCAACAACUCGGUGAGCGAGUGCGUGGAUCCUGCUGCCGUCUUCCCCUGCCCCUUGGCCGAGAACAAACCCCCCCCAGCCGCCGCCCCCGGGGCCGAGAGGCGCUGUGAUUCUGAGGGUGAAGAGAUUGAUGUGGUGACAGUAGAGAAGAGACAAUCGCUCAGCAUGAGGAAGCCGGUCACCAUCACGGUGCGAGCCGACCCCCUGGACCCCUGCAUGAAACACUUCCACAUCUCCAUCCAUCAGCAACAGCACAACUAUGCUGCCCGCUCUCCACCAGACGCCUGCUCCCAGGAGGAGGCCUCGGAGAAGGAGAUCAAGGAGGAGCCCCUGAGCAGCCCAGAGCAAGCCACAGAGAGUUCAUCGCCUGAGCCUUGCCUGCUGAAAACCGGGAGCGCCCCGAGCUCAGAUAGUGAGGACAUGGCCAAGAGGAAAAACCACAACUACUUAGAACGCAAGCGGCGAAAUGAUCUGCGCUCGCGCUUCCUGGCACUGAGGGAUCAGGUCCCCGGUCUGGCUAACUGUCCCAAAACCCCCAAAGUGGUGAUCCUGAGCAAAGCUUCAGAGUACCUGCAGUCGCUAGUUAGUGCAGAGAGGAGGAUGGCUGCAGAGAAAAGGCAGCUGAAGUUGAGACAGCAUCAGCUGCUGAAACGAAUCGCCCAUCUCAAGGGACGUUAGCUACCAAAAACUCGACACCUUUCCAAUAUUGAUUUGCACAUUUUUGGUUAUUGUGAACCCUCCAAACUACAUAUCCCAGAAUGCACUGCAGCCAGCGCACACAAAUAUGGCUUGCGUUCUAGGAAAUUUAAACUGUGUGUGCGGGGGGUGGGUUCUUUGUCUCCCUUAUCCACGUCUGGUCUUGGGUUCCUCCUUUAACAGAGCAGGGAGUUGCCAGCUGUGGGCUGAGUUAAUUCUUAGCCUUUGGGGAUGCUGGUAUGUUGGCACCGGAGUAAUGUAGACACUGGAUUUUGCAAGACCCUUGGGCUGAAAUUGUCAAAAGUGACCAUUGAGUUUUGGGUGUCUCAUUUUGAGGGUGUCCAGCUUGAAGCACCUGGGCCCUGACUUCCAGAGAUGCUGAGCAUCUGAACAGAGAUGUGGAACAAUGCCUGCUGAGGACCACAGGAGGUGCCUCUGAACUUCAGGCCUCAGAUGCCUGAAAUUGGGCACUCAAAAAUUGAGGCCAUUUUCCAAAAUAAGGGCCCGAGUGGACAACCCUAACCUAGAGAUGGCAGGAUCCUCCUUCAGACAGAUAGGACCUGUCACUGAAUCCAGCUAUUCUGUGAAUUUACUUUCAUACACACAAUUUUGGGUGGAUCAUUAACAUGGCCAUUGCUGCCAUGCACCUAGUAAGUUUGAUUCCACUUCUGUCAUUAACCCAACCCCAGCACUGGUUCCCCUGAUGCGGUACUCUUCCACCAUCCCUUCCCUGACCCACCCUCGGUGUCUGUACUGGUCCGCCUCACCAAUCACUACCCGUCACAACAUCCCACAUCCUAUUCUGCAUCGGGGGGACUGAGAACAUGUACCCAACACAUCCCCUCCAGAAGUCAUUACGUUAGCAAGUGGCUCCCACUCCACUGCACCUGGGUAGAGAGACUCUAGGCCAGGGUGUUCAGAUCCAGAAUGCAAGGGGGUUGCAAUCCAGUGGUCCAGUUUGGGUCCAUCUCUCUAGAAGCAGUGACAGCUAGGGACUGCCUAGAGGUGGGUUGGGGCCAGGGCUGCUGUUAAAGACCCUUUUUCUCCCAGGGGUGGGUGGAUGCAUGGAUAAACUCCUAUCACUGGAGAAGAACCAAGACCAGCUUGACAUGGGCUAUACCUCACUUUCUUACCACUUUACACAGUAGCUCGUCUUGAGGUUUGUGUUCUAGAAGCUGCUGCUGUAACUGCCUGAGUCUUGUACUGGAGGACCUUUUUUUUAAUACUGUAUUUUUGUACAACUUUUUGGAAGAGUAUUGUUAAAGAUUUGUCUCUUUUGUAAACCUUUUGGGGGGGGGGGGAGUGUGUGCAUUGUCCCUGCUGCAGCGUGGAGAGUAUGUGUUUGGGGGAUGGGGAGUGUUCCUGAUGCCUUUCUAGGGGAGUCCAAGAAGGGUCCUAUGUUCUGAUUUACUGUUUGGAAUUUAAGUGAGAGAUUCCUCAUGGGACGAUGUUAGCUGGGGCCCAGCUCCUCAAGCAGUACAAUGGGCUAUUGAAUGGGGUUUCUCUCUCUCUCUCUCUCUCUCUCUCUCUCUCGCAAUGAGGGUGAAAAUUAUCCUGUUUGCCUGACUUUCACAUAUUACCCAAAAGCAGGCUCUUAGGAGCUGUGCUGCCGAAGAUCCCAGGUGUAGCCCAGGACUGACAGCAAGGGCUGAUCUAAUUGCUGCCUGGAGUUACUUUGUCUUUACUAGGUGGGUAGAUGCCACCUCUUUGAAGGGAUCUGAUCAGACCUUAACCUCUUUUUUUUGUUUGCUGACCUGCAGCUAUACUCCCUGAAAUUGCAUUUGUUCAGCUGGCCAAGUGUCGCCUUCUCUCCUCCCCACAAGUCUCCCUCUGAUGUGAAUACUAACCAGUUGACUCAGGGACUGGGGGGAGGGGAGUAGGACCAGUGGCCUUCAUCUCCCUUGGCACUGGUGGGGCUGACCCUCUACUUUGCAGCAGAGAUGCACAGAGCAGCCAGUGAGCUGUCUGGCUCCUAACUGACCUAUUGAGAAACUUUAGAGUUAACACUGUGGUCGGAUUUAGCACUUUCUUCAUUACCUCACACUUCAUAAAUAAAUAAGUUACAAAGACAGACUGGAUUGGCUUUUUCCAUAUAGUUGUUCCCUGGGGGCCUGUUCUGGGGGGGCGGUAACUGCCACUUGCAGCUGCCCUAACUAACUUACUUGCCCAGCGUUGAGUCUUCUCGGCGCCCCGGAGAAGGGAACAGUGGGAUUGUUUUUGCAUGAGCGGUUGAGAUGAGCCAUAAGCAAUGCACAAAGCUAAGGAGGGCUGCUGUGACCCAGCUCCCUUUGUGUGGACAGUCUCACAAAAUUUAAAAUGUGGAAUGGCUACAGCAGAGGGUCCUGGGAAACAUCACCUGGAGUAAUUUCUCUUUAAGUGGUUUUAUUGAGGAAGAGGGGCUGAGAGCUGAGUUCCUCUAAUGAGGGACUCAAUGUAAUUUUAAACUCUUCUAAUGGCACUACAGAACAGUCAGCAUGUGGAAUUCACUGCCCCUGAAGGUCAUCAAGAUGAAUAUGAUGAUGAAUUGUCGUGAGUAACUAGAGGAAAGCUCAGAUGGGGAAUGAAAUUGCUUGCUGGGGUGGGAGGGGGGAAAGACUUCCCUUUAGGGGCUACUAAAGAAUUCCCUACAUCCCCAUAUGCAGAGUUUGAAAUAUUUUUUUACCUUAAUUUGAAGCAUGUUUAUUACUCAUUAACAAUCCCAGGUUAUUGGUUUUAACUCCUGGAGGCAAAAUCCUGUACUAAAUGCAAUGGAGCACAGGCAUCAUGUUACUGCUAAGGCAGAGUCUAGAAUGGGGCCAAAAUGCCAUUUCAAGAGAGGUUUAGUUGUCUGAAUGAAGGAAGUCUUUUAAAGAAUGAUUAAUCAAUCAAGAGCUUAAAAUGCUCCUUUUGCUUCCUGAAAUAGCUGUCAUGUUUUACACUUCUAUUGUGUGUUGCAUCAGAUGAGGUCAAAGCAUUGUACAGACACCAGAGUUCAACUUUCAGUA